AAUGCGGCACAUUGUGGCGGACCAUGGGAUACCAAAGAUAAUAUUAACCGAUCAAGGUCCCUGUUUCGAGAGUGAUGAGUUCAAGUCCCGUCUAAAGCAGUUAGGUAUCAAGAGAGUACGAACAACGCCGUAUCAUCCACAGACGAAUGGGUUAACGGAAAGGAAUAACCGAACGCUAAAGGAAUGGCUAGCAUCUAAAGGGGGUGACUGGGAGAAAGAAUUACCAUUAAUCUUGCUGGCACAUCGUGCCUCGGCACAGGGAACAACCAGGAAGUCACCGUUCCAGCUGAUGUAUGGCAGACGGCCGAGACUACCAACGCAUGAUAAAACCUGGCCGCAACAACAGAGAUGGAAUACAACAAGAUUGAGAACAGAGCGGAGACAAGCAAUCAGGAAUGUGAGAGAGAAACAAACAUCAGACAUGGAAAAGUCAGAACAGGAGAGAAAGAACUGGAGAUUGUUUGAAGUGGGAGAUCAGGUGAAGUGUAGAGAACGGAAAUAUACCACAGGAAGAGGGCCAGGGUCAGGUAAGCUGAUCCCGAAGUGGGAGGGACCGUACGUCGUCACCGAGAGGCGCGGC